UCAAAUAGUUGUCAAGCGCACGUGUCAAAUUUGUUGACGGCUGGUUGUCAUUUCUGGCUCUAGUUAUUCUCGCGGCAGUUCUCCCGGUUCGUUGUUUGUAGGCCGGAUGAGGAUUAUUGUAAGCAAAAUACAAUAAAAUGGACUCUGACAGUGAUAGCAGUUCUUCGGAUUAUGUUGUCGACUACUUUGUACGCCCCGAUAAGGUGCGAGCAUCGGUCAACGACGAGUCUGCAGAUAUCUUGGGCAAUUUCGAUGAUUCAAAAAGGACAGAAGAAUGGAAUACCAACAUAACCGAGAAUGGCCACGUUCAAAUGCCAUCACACAACACAGUAGAAGCAGCAAUGGGCGAUCCAUCCGAUGAUGAGAAUAACGAAAGUGAUGACAGUGACGACACCGAGCCUUCCACCGCAAAUGGAUCCAAGAAACAGCUCUCAGAGGACCAAGUUGCAAACCUCCUCCGUGGGGCCAAAUCGAAUCGUCACGUCUUAUAUGUAACGAAUUUGAAUUUCGAAACUACCAAGGACGACCUACAGCUGUAUUUCUCACAAGUAGGCGAAGUGAAAGGGAUUCGGAUACCACCGAAACGCCGGGGCGGUUUCGCCUUCGUCGAGAUGCAAACAAUCGAGGGACUCAGGCGAGCCUUAGCUCUACACAACACCGAGCUACAAGGACGUAACAUUAAGGUACAAAUUUCCGAGGGAGGAAAGAAGAAAUCAGCAAAUAAGAAGAACAUUUUGAAGCAGAAGAAUAGGAAACUAGCAGAGAUGCGGAAUGAAAGCAAAUGCUUUACGAAAAGCGGGAAAUAUUACGAUAAGACUCUUAAAAAGGAGAAAAUGAAGGAAGCAAUAUUGAGGAAACGCUGGCGUAAACCGAAGAAGCUAUCAUAAUAAAUAUUUUAAAAAUCUA